GCUAGUCAAGGCUGAAUCUACCAUUUAUUGAGCGCUGACAAUGUUGGCAGGUACUGUGAUAAACAUCUUACAUGCUCUGUCACAUUUAAUCUUUACAAAAACCCUAUGAGAUUCCUAUUAAUAUCCAUGUCUAUAAAUGAGGAAACUGAGGCUUAGAGAGAUAGGGUCAGACAACUAUUAAAUGGCAGAGCUAAGAUUGGGACCACUCAAGACUAACUUCAAGUUUAUGCUCCGAACUAUUAGGCAACACCACCUGAAUGAAAUGAUUAAAUAGUACUUAAGUGCUUUAGCAAAAGGUGAUUUAGUAUUCCUAUUUUAUAAAUUCAAAGUCAUGUUGUAUUAUGGCAAGUAGAUUAUGAUAGAUUUGUCAUUAGGACAGGUUUCAAUAGAUUGGUCUAGAAAACACUGUAGCAACAGGGGGUAAAGUCAAAUGUAGAGGAAGAGGCAAAAAACUUCUUUAACACUAAAUAUCCCUAGCAGAUUUAGUAGUAAUUCCUUAUAUUGACAUGGAAAUGCCAAAUCUGUGCUAAUAUCUCAUGGAAACCAAGGUGUCAGGGAGCUGCUUUGCCACUAAAUCAUUUGUCUGUGUGAAGUUCAACAUUUUUAGUUCUUAAAACCAUGUUUGAAUGUAUGUUGGAUUUUGUUGUUUGGAUUUCUUUGGAGGAAGGAGGUUAUGAUCUUAAAAGAGAAAUACGACCCUCAUAAUAAAAAAAUUAUCAUUGAUUCAUUCAAGGAACCAUAUGAAGAUGUUCUAACAGGAUUAAGAGGGGUGGGAGAGAUUUAUUUACUCCCUGAAAAUUUAUCAAAUUCAAAUUUCAAACACUAUUUUUCAUUUUCCAAAACAUUUCUUUUAAACAGUAGCUGGCAUUUUGCAUUUAAUAAGAGUUAGUUUAAAAAAUAAUAACACUUGAUCAAAAGGGGCAAAGAAAUGAAUUGCUAAAUAUUAACAAUGGAAACGAAAAUGAAUAACAAAUAAUGUCAAAGAUCUAAAAUGGUGAUAUAGAUCAAUAAGAACUGAAAUUAACUUACUAGAAAUAAAUUAACACAAAUCUUUUCAGUAAUAUUUGUGUGAAAUUUAUAAAAUAAAAACCAAGGCAAAGGACAGGAGAGAGAGAUCUCUUUCCAUGGUCCACUACAUAGAUUCUCCUCUAAUUUCCAGUUUACAGAAGCCAAAUAAUGUUUUGUCUGAUGACUUCUAUUAUUACUAUAUUUACCCUACUUAUUCAACAUUUGCAUUAUUCUAGGACUUUCUUUUAAAUUACGAUAGCACACACAUACACAAAAGGCAUUAACUUUCCAAUUGCCUUUCACUGGCAGAUACUUAAAUAGGAAAGAUAAGUUGUCACAAUUGCGUUCAGAUAGGUUUGACCCUUUCUAGGCUUCGUAGAAAGCGACCAAGGUAUCCGCUUCCCCGCCUUCCCCCGCCCAGCCACCACGGAAACGAAACUGCACCAGGCUCCGCCCCGCCGUCAGCAGAGUGAGCCAAUCAAGGUGCAGCCCGGGGUGAUCGCGUGCCGGGUGUCAUGGCGGCCUGCAGGCAUUGCUGCUCGUGCCUCCGACUUCGGCCGCUUUGCGAUGGUCCCCUUCGUUUGCCAGGGCGGGAUCGGGCGCUCACCCAGUUGCAGGUGCGAGCACUAUGGGGUGGCGCGAGGUUCCGAGCCGUGGCCGUGGACUUAGGCAGCAGAAAACUAGAAAUAUCCUCUGGAAAACUGGCCAGAUUUGCAGAUGGCUCUGCUGUAGUACAGUCAGGUGACACUGCGGUGAUGGUCACAGCGGUCAGUAAAACAAAACCUUCACCUUCCCAGUUCAUGCCUUUGGUGGUUGACUAUAGACAGAAGGCUGCUGCAGCUGGUAGAAUUCCCACAAACUAUCUCAGAAGAGAGAUUGGAUCUUCUGAUAAAGAAAUUCUUACAAGUCGAGUAAUAGAUCGUUCAAUUAGACCUCUCUUUCCAGCUGGCUACUUUUAUGAUACACAGGUACUUUGUAAUCUGUUAGCAGUAGAUGGUGUUAAUGAACCUGAUGUUUUAGCAAUUAAUGGUGCUUCUGUAGCUCUCUCAUUAUCAGAUAUUCCUUGGAAUGGACCUAUUGGGGCAGUGCGAAUAGGAAUGAUUGAUGGAGAGUGUGUUGUUAACCCAACACGGAAAGAAAUGUCUUCUAGUACUUUAAAUUUGGUGGUUGCUGGAGCACCUAAAAGUCAAAUUGUGAUGAUGGAAGCCUCUGCGGAGAACAUUUUACAACAGGACUUUUGCCAUGCUAUUAAAGUGGGGGUAAAAUAUACCCAACAAAUAAUUCAGGGCAUCCAGCAGUUGGUAAAAGAAAUUGGUGUUACCAAGAGGACACCUCAGAAGUUAUUUACCCCUUCACCAGAGAUUGUGGAACACACUCAUAAACUCGCCAUGGGAAGACUCUAUGCAGUUUUUACCGAUUAUGAACAUGAUAAAAUUUCCAGAGAUGAAGCUGUUAACAAGAUAAGAUUAGAUACAGAGGAACAACUAAAAGAAAAAUUUCCAGAGGCUGAUGCAUAUGAAAUAAUAGAAUCCUUCAAUGUUGUUGCAAAGGAGGUUUUUAGAAGUAUUAUUUUGAAUGAAUACAAAAGGUGCGAUGGUCGAGAUUUGACUUCACUUAGGAAUAUAAAUUGUGAGGUAGAUAUGUUUAAAACUCUUCAUGGAUCAGCAUUAUUUCAGAGGGGACAAACACAGGUGCUUUGCACUGUUACAUUUGAUUCAUUAGAAUCCAGUAUGAAGUCAGACCAAAUUAUAACAGCCAUAAAUGGAAUAAAAGAUAAAAAUUUCAUGCUGCAUUAUGAGUUUCCUCCUUAUGCCACUAAUGAAAUUGGCAAAGUCACUGGUGUGAAUAGAAGAGAACUUGGGCAUGGUGCUCUUGCUGAGAAAGCUUUGCAUCCUGUUAUCCCCAAGGAUUUUCCUUUCACAAUAAGAGUAACAUCUGAAGUCCUAGAGUCAAAUGGAUCAUCUUCAAUGGCAUCUGCAUGUGGUGGAAGUUUAGCGUUAAUGGAUGCAGGUGUUCCAAUUUCAUCUGCUAUCGCAGGUGUGGCAAUUGGAUUGGUCACCAAAAACAGUCCUGACAAGGGUGAAAUAGAAGAUUAUCGUUUGCUGACAGAUAUUCUGGGAAUUGAAGAUUACAAUGGUGACAUGGAUUUCAAAAUAGCCGGCACCAAUAAGGGAAUAACUGCAUUACAGGCUGAUAUUAAAUUACCUGGAAUACCAAUAAAAAUUGUAAUGGAGGCCAUUCAACAAGCCUCAGUGGCAAAGAAGGAGAUACUACAGAUUAUGAACAAAACUAUUUCAAAACCUCGAGCAUCUAGAAAAGAAAAUGGACCUGUUGUAGAAACUAUUCAGGUUCCAUUAUCAAAACGGGCAAAAUUUGUGGGACCAGGUGGAUAUCAUUUAAAAAAGCUUCAGGCUGAAACAGGAGUAACUGUUAGUCAGGUGGAUGAAGAAACAUUUUCUGUAUUUGCACCAACACCAAGUGCUAUGCAUGAAGCAAGAGACUUCAUUACUGAAAUCUGUAAAGAUGAUGUAAGUAUAGAUCUUAUAAUACUUUUUUCUACAUUUUGUUGCUGUUUAUUCAUCUUAUGGCUUAUUUUGCACUUACAGCAAGAGCAGCAACUAGAAUUUGGAGCAGUGUAUACCGCCACAAUAACUGAAAUCAGAGACACUGGAGUAAUGGUUAAGCUAUAUCCAAAUAUGACUGCGGUACUACUUCAUAACACACAACUUGAUCAACGAAAGAUUAAACAUCCCACUGCCCUCGGAUUAGAAGUUGGCCAAGAAAUUCAGGUGAAAUACUUUGGACGUGAUCCAGCUGAUGGAAGAAUGAGGCUUUCUCGUAAAGUACUACAAUCUCCAGCUACAACUGUUGUCAAAACUCUAAAUGACAGAAGUAGCAUUGUAAUGGGAGAAUCUAUUUCACAGUCAUCACAUAAUUCCACCCAGUGAUUUUUUUCUUCAAGAGAAUUCUAGAGUGAUAUUCUGUAGUGCAAAAUUUCAGUAAUAUCUUCUAAUGUGUAGAUUUAUAUACAGUAUAAAUAUAUUCUAAUGAUUUGUAUUAAAAUGCA